AUGCGCUCGAAGUCGCCAGAGAAGCGUGGAAGGCAAAAAGUCAUCCCACCGCCGACAUACAGAAUCGAAAACGAGUACAAUCCGGAAGCGACGCCUCAAUGUUUUCAGAUCUCAAUAAAUAUAUUGGAAGGUAGAAAUCUCGCAUGGUCUGACACUCAGUCGGCGAAUUCCUAUGUAGUCUUAGUUCUUGGGAAAAAGAAAUACAGUACAAGUAUUCGGAGAAACAUGCUAGAGCCUCAUUAUAAGGAAAGCUUUAUUUUCGAAAUAUUUACAAGUAUUCGAGAUAUUCGGAAAUUAAGUAUAUGGAUGGCAGUAAUGGAGCCGAAAUGCUGUGCCCCUCCUCGUAUACUCGGUGAAGUUAAUAUUGAUCUGGGAGCAGUUUGGUUGCAAUCGGAUCAUCAAAUUCGUAACAAAUGGGCUCAACUGAGUUCACCACGAACUUUAACAUCAGGACCUGUUGGUUUUCUUAAAGUGGACCUUUCAAUAAUACGCAGAGGAGAGGUGACAACGGGAUCGUCUAUAAUGAAUGAUCACAGGUCACAAAGUAAUCUUCUACUGCCACUGAGUUGUGAACAGCAAUGCGCUAAAUACGUCAUUACUGUUUACGGAGCAUUUGGUCUUCCGAAUUGCGGUUACAAUGAAAAACGCUUAAGAAAGCUGCCCAGUACAUUUGUAACGGUCUAUUUUUGUGAUAUUAUGGCGAAAACAACAAUUAAAUAUCGGACAAAUAAUCCUCAAUACUGUGAAAAAAUAUCAAUAACGGAAAUGUUUCCAAAUAUUUGCCAAACUAUUAAAUUUGAAAUUUGUUUUAACGAUGGAUGUUUUAACCGAGUUUUGACUAGUGCUCAACUGAAUUUAACACAUAUAUCUCAUCAAGGAGAAAAUGGAUUUUUGCCAACUUUUGGCCCAUCUUUACUUCAUAUGUACGGAAUGUUAAAAUCAAGAACAAGCCAGUCACAAGAUUGUGACGAUGGCCCAUAUUAUUGUGGAUCUCUUCUUGUUACCCUUAAAACUAUAGUGCCUUACUAUGAGCAACGCAUAGAAAGGAUAUCCAUUGAUCCUGUGGCGUAUAUAAAUCCAGAACUAGUUGCUUUAUCUGUUGAGAAAAAGUUAAAAUAUAUUGAUCAUAAUUGUUUUGAUCAACUCAUGGAUCAACUUAAUACAGCUUUAGACUGCGCAUUUGAAAAAAUCGUAAAAUUUCUUGAAAUUAUACAACAUUCCGGACCAAUUGCAGAUGAAGGUGAUCGUCAAUGCUUUACAGAAUUGGAUCAAAAGCAACUUUCGCUACAGAAAGACGAGAUUAACGUAGCGGACUGGCCAAAUAUUACAGUUUGGCUUCUCAAUCAAGGAUCAAGAGUGGCAUAUGGAACAAUAAACACGUCUAAUGUUAUCCAUUCUGCUAUUCCUGAUCAAAACGGUAAAGAUUGUGGACGGGUCCAAUCAAUUUACAUGAAGCCACUUAAAUGUUCUAAGCAUGCUAACUUGGCUUCCUGUUAUUGUUAUGCUGGUAAAGUGGAACUUCUCUUAUGGAUGGGCUUGUACCGACAACAAUCUGUAUUUCACUAUAAAAUUAACGAGAUUUUACCAGGAUACAAACUGAAAAUAAAGGAAAAUGAUAUGCAUAUCAAAUGCACGGCUAUGGUGAAAUGUGAAACGCUGACGCCAAUAUGGAAUGAAGUUUUGAAAAUCCAAAGAAUGGUUUACAUGAGCCCGGGGCGACUCGCUAACAGCCCGCCUAUUGUUUUGGUGGAAGUUUACAGUACGGAAUUAUCGCAUAAUAUUGAACUAAUCGGUCGCAGUCAGAUAACUCCAACGGUGAGUGAAAAUGAAGAUUACGACCACGCGCCCUCACUACAAUGGUAUAGCUUAUAUAGAGGAGUAGAGUACACCGGGCAAGUCCUCAUGUCCGUCCAAAUAUUACAGGUUCCAGAGAAAUUAGUUAAGAAAAUAACGUACAGUCCUGUAGAGAGCUUUAGAGGAGAUGAACCCAAGACACUUGAAUAUUUGAAUAAUAUUGAGCCUAUACCCAAAAAUUUAUUACCUAUAUCUACAUCCUAUAAAGCAGAUGUCUAUUGGUGGGGACUUCGAAAUGUAGGUUUUGCACAAAAGCCUGGCGUUAUCUUAGAAAUUGAAGACCUAAAUAUUAAAUCAGAUAUCAUUUACGAUAAGGAAUUAAAUAGCAACUUCCGGAAUGGGAAAGCAUCACAUACAUUUGAGGCACCUUUAAAUGAACCGUACUGCCCUAUGUUAAGCAUUACUUUAUUCGAUAGCGGUACAUUUGGCAGAACUUCUUAUCUCGGUAUCAAUACGAUGAAGAAUCCCCAUAAGUACAUAGUCAAUUGGUGGCCUAAAAACGAAAGAGACGCCUCUCUCAAACGAGCCUCUAUUGUAUCUACAGAAUUCGUUCAAACAAAUCCAAAUUUAUUUGUUAAGAAAAGUGGUGAAAAGCUUAAAGAAAAAAGUAAUUAUGGCAGUAAUGCCACUAUUAGGAGUUCAUUUUUAAAUCUGAAGACAAAAGGUACGAAAUGGCGUGAUUUAUUUUGGAGAAAAGAGCCGGAUGAGGAAGAAUACACCCUCUUACCUACUUUUGUCUCAGAAAAACACGAUAAUCAAAACAAAUUGUUACAUAAAAAAUCAAUAGUUGAAGAACAAGUUGAUUGGUGGCAAAAGUAUUUACUAUCACAAAGUGAUUCUGACGACAAUUCUAUCGGGGACAAAUUAAUUAUCUACGAUUCGGAGCUUGAAAAACAACCGGAAUAUUCAAAGUUCCGAGACUGGUGUAGCGCACUAAAACUUUAUAAUGGAAAGAAAACAGGUAUCCCUGAGAAAGACGAGCAAAUUUACUGCGGUAUUCUAAAAGCUGGAAUCGCUAUCUACAGAUGGCCACCUCAUGAUAGUAUGGUAGCUGUUACUUCUAGUGGACUGGAUUUGAAUAAAGGAAUGUAUGAAUUUCGAUGCUGUUUACCAGCAGAUUAUUUAUUAGAGAUAUCCUUGUAUGACUAUGGCACUACAGAUGAACUAAUAGGCUCUACGUCUAUUGAUUUAGAAGACCGAAUUUAUACCAAACACCGGGCUCGAGUUGGACUUCCGUUUGAAUAUAGCAGAAAAGGUCCAUUUAAAUGGCGCGAUUGUUUGAUACCUUCAGAAAUUUUAGAGGAGCUAUGUGUCAAAAACCACCUUCCUGCACCAAUAUAUUAUAGUAAUACAAUUGCAGUUAAUGGUGUUAUAUACAAGGAUAAUGAAGAAGAUAAAAGCUUUAUUUCUGCUUCGGAACGAAAGGAAAAUUUAUGUUUGAGUAUUUUACGUAAAUGGCAUACUUUACCUAUAUGCGGAUUCCACCUGGUGACCGAGCACGUGGAAACGCGGACUCUAUACGAUGCAGAAAAACCUGGAGUGGAACAGGGUAAGCUACAAAUGUGGGUAGACAUAAUGCCUUUAGACAUUGAUGCUUAUAUUCCACCACCUGUUAAUAUAACUCCCAAAAAGAUAGAAGACUAUGAACUUCGAGUGAUCAUAUAUACUGUUCGUGAUAUAAUAAAAGGAUAUUCAAGUAGCGUGACAUCGAAUAUUUACAUUAGAGCG